CCCAAAGUCCCAAGUCCUUGCAAGCCUCCUAAGUUCUGAGUUAUAUUUAUGUAUAUUCAAUAUUGACUUUUCAGUUAAUUUUACAUGUAUUUUGUUGUUUUAAAAAUUUAAAGAGUAUCUGUUUUGUGAGAAGUGAAUUUGGUAAUUGUAAUCUGUUUGUUUAAACUUGGUGUAAACACAAAAAAGUAGCUGUUUUAUUGAGGUUAAUAGUUCCUGUUGCGCCACCGAGACUUCAAACACAAACAGAUCCGCAAUGAGCUUAUGAGUGCGGCUUCAGUUAGUGCGGGGCAGAUAUGGGUCAGGUGAGGUGCGUGGCCUGUGCUGUGCUACUGUUGUGUCAGGCAGUGCUGGGCCGCCACGAUGACGACUUCGCCUUCGACAAUAAUGAUGAAUUUCAGUUGGAGCUGACAGCGAAUCACUCGGAAAUAACAAAAAAUGGCCUAAAGCGGUUAUGGGGUGUUCCUGAUACAUCGGCCUAUGUGGGACAUCUGUUCCGGAUGGAAAUACCUAAGGAGGCUUUCACGGGAGAAGUCUCUGCAUACAAAGUACGAAGCGACAACGGUCGUCGGUUACCUAGUUGGCUCGCCGUGGACACCAAGCACGGCCUGAUCAGCGGACUGCCGCAGAGGCAGGACCUUGGGGCACACACCUUCACUGUCACCGCUCAUGGAAGGGCCCACGGUCUCACUGCAACUGAUGUAUUUACUAUAGAGGUUAAGAAGUCCGAAGAGAAGCCGCAGUCGAAGUACGGCGCUUGUGUUCACAACGAAAAUAGAUUAGUGUUAGUUAUAUUGCUAGAUGCUUCCUUCCAUAAGAUAGCGCCGCGCCAGAGGAUACGAGCGCUCAUGGAACUUGCCAACUUUAUGGCGCUCGAUGGGGAUGAGUUCUGGAUGGAGCCAUACAAAGGCGAGUUUGCGCAGGCGCAGGCUGUGAUGCUGAGUGGCCCCGGGACUACCAAGCGGAGACAUAGCGAAGCCACCACUGCCAUUUAUCUUAACGUGGGCUGCGGAGACAAACUGUGGAGCAGACACAAGGUGCUGGUAGCCGGGCUGAGGGAGCAGUCCAGAGAUGGGACGCUGUACCAUCUGUUGAAGCAGCCCAUUUUAGGAUGGAGGCUGGUGGCAGUCAAACCUACGAGCAGACCCAAACGACAGUCACCAAUGGACGACGGUUCCGGUGACUAUGAGAAUUACGACGGUGAGGAAGACCCCGCCGACUACAGCGGCUACGGAGAUGAUGAAGAUGAUGAGUACGACAGUCCGCUGGACAUCGGGCCUGUUCCAGACAUUGUGGGCGUCACCUCCAACCCCUCGCACCCUCACCGCCACCACCACGGACAGCCCGACUUCGCGCCACAAACCACCGACACGUUUCAGACCGAGCCGGACCAGCCGUCGAAGACCCCACCCUCGACACCCCAACCCGACACCCCACAACCCCAAACUCCGCAACCCCAAACCCCAGUCACCUCUCCCGUCCCCCCUACACAAUUCGAAACCCAGCCGAUUUUGCCACAUACGUACAAUACAUCGCCGGCUACCGAGGAUUACGAAAUUGAAUCAACUCACACAACUGAGGACCACAAAGUGAAAAUUACUCCAUAUCUGGGAAGUGCGUCCGAAUCAACGAAUAUUAACAUCACUAAGCCAUUGCCAACGAAUAGAAAUCUGGAUCACUCCCCCGUAGUCAUAGUACCAGAGGAUGUUACAACGUCAACGGAGCCAGAAUUGCAAACGGUAAUAAUACGCGCGUCCAACGAACUACCGCCGGUGUCCUCUGAGCCCCCCACCUCACCAUCGCCCAUGUCUACGGACGUCGACACCUCGACCACGCCCGCGUCGCCGACGACGGUCACCACUCCGUCGACGACCGUCACUACCCCCUCCACCACGAGUACGACAACAUCGGCGCCCUCCACUACGCCGCCGCCCACUACUCAGACCACGCCCUCUACUGUCACCACUCCCGCAACGGAAACCACUACACAGGAAGUCACGAGACAGGAAAGCAUAUCGCCCUCGGAGAGAAGCAGUACUAUAAUAGGGCGAACGACGGAAACUGUUACAUUUGCGAUGCCGGUCAACCAGCCGCCCACGCUCAAACAUCAUAUGAAGAAGCUGGCUAUUACUGCUGGGAAAGCAUUCAGGUACAUAAUCCCUGCUGACUUGUUCACGGAUCCCGAGGACGGCAGCAACCUUACAUUCACCAUGUAUGAGGCGGAGAACGUUCCGCUCAGCAACAAUUCAUGGAUACAAUUCAUGCCUGCCGAGAGAGAGGUCUACGGACUGCCCCUCGAAGCGCAUGUAUCUCGCUGGAACUUCGUAGUUGAAGCCCAGGACAGCGAAGGUCAGAUAGCGCGAGGGCCUCUCGACAUCACCGUCCAGCAACACAAGAGCGGCAGAACCUUCAACCACAUGUUCGUGAUGCAGUUCAAGCUCAACCGGCGCUACAGCAACGCGAUCGACUGGCAGAUCAGGGCGCUGGAAGGCAUCGUGAACUUGUUCAGGGACACUGACAUGGACCACCUCACCGUACUCAACGCUACCAUCAGCGGGGACUUGGGCGAGUUCGUGUGGACCAACGACACGCUGCCCAAGGACGCCGCCUGUCCCAUGGACGACAUCAAACGACUUAUGAAGAUAAUGGAGGGUGACCGGUCGCCGGGGGCCCCGUCGGCGGGUCUCGUCCGCGCCAUGUCCCCCGAGCUGGCGGCCCGCUCGGUGCAAUGGCGUGGCGCGGGUCGCUGCUCGCCGCCCGCGCCGCCCGCCCCGCCCGCCGACACGUACCCGCCCGUGACCCGCAACCAGGUGGACCACCUCACAGCCAGCGUGGGGCAGCUGCUGGUCUACCGAGUGGCCGAGGACACAUUCUUCGAUCCCGAGGAUGGCGGAACACGCAACCUGCACCUGUCGCUCCGGUUCAGCGACCGCUCGGAGAUCCCCGCCACACACUGGCUGCAGUUCGACUCUAACAACCAGGAGUUCUACGGGUUGCCAGACACCGGGGAUGAAGGCAGCGUGCACUAUCAACUGAUCGCAGAAGACUCGAGCAAGAAGAGUGCGUAUGACAGUCUGAUAGUGGAAGUCGCGAAGGCCCCGACCAUCAGACCUACGGUGGAGUUCCAGAUGACGAUGGACCCCUCACCAGGUGUGGUGCACACGGCCACCAACAAGCGGAGGAUCGUGGAGAAGCUGGCGGCACUGUUCGACCAGAGGGAAACGGAUAACAUCAGGAUACAGAGCAUCAAUGAUAACCCGCCCACUAUUAUUUGGUAUAACACCAGCCUGCCAAUGGACAGGUGUCCAAAACGCGAGAUCGAAGAACUUCGCAACAUGAUAAUAUCGGACGAGCGCGGCUCUAGUGCCGGCAACUUGCGGGAGAAAGUGGACCAGGUGUUCGACAAAGACCUCAAGGUGAUGUCCAUCCGGCUGAUACCCCUGGGACUGUGUGCAGAGCAAAGCACCAAGACGCCCAAGGCUAUGGUUCCUCCACACGUGACCGGCAACCUCAACAAUAAAACACCGAACACGGGUCCUCAGUACUCGGACUACCUGCUCACGUUCGUCAUUCCCGCCGUCGUCAUCGUGUGCAUGAUACUGCUGGCCGGUAUCGUGGCGUGUGUACUGUACAGGAGGCGCCGCACGGGUAAAAUGAGCGUUGGUGACGAGGAAGAGCGACAAGCGUUCAGAUCCAAGGGUAUCCCGGUGAUAUUCCAGGAUGAGCUCGAAGAGAGAACCGACACGGAACCGGUUGAUAAGAGCCCUGUUAUAAUGCGGGAAGAAAAACCGCCGUUACUGCCUCCUGCCCCAGACUACAGAAACGGUGAGGAUGCGCCCUACAGGCCCCCCCCUCCGUUCGCCGCUUCGAGGACCCCCCCGCGUCCUAAAGCCACGCCUACUUACAGAAAGCCCCCUCCGUACGUCCCCCCCUAAAAACAGGUAUCUAUAAACCAACCAUAACAAAUCCUUAAUGAUUUGGACAUGGAACUAGUCGACUCAAUUUUGCAGCUUGAUUUUUUACGCAUUUUACUGAUGUUGUAAUUUUGUAUCGCAUUUAAUUUGGCAGUUAAUUUAUAAAAUCAUGAUGAUGGAAUUGCACAAUGUUAUAUGACUACGAAUUUCUUAUAUUAAGUAAUUUCACGCCGCAGUAGUCUUUACGUGUAGCAUUCUAUGUAAAAUCAAUUAUGUAAAAAGUUAAAGACUUCACUAUAAUGGGUGAGAGUAGAAAUCAGACAUUACUUUACCUCUAUUAUAUAGUACUUAUAUAUAUUAUACAUCUAAACUAUUAACAUUUUAUGCUUAUUUCGAUUUUUAUCUCGAAUGCGAAAAUGUUUAAUUACUUAUUUAAGAAAACUUUUAGCAUGUUCAUGAUUUAUUUUUGAAUACUCUCAAAAGUCACUGCCUCAAGUUAAGAUGAUUCUGGUUUCUCUCUGACCCUGUACUUAGCUGUUAUAUUAGGUAUUUAGCGUUCAAUGUAAUUCUAAAGGAGAAUGUAUCAUGUUUGUUAACUAGUAACAAUUUGUGUGCCAUCACCUGUGUGCUAUUGUGACAUAAGGUGAUACGGUCUAGUGUUUUUAAACCGCGAUGAGCCCGUCAGUUGAGACUAUGAUGUUAAGGUGUUUUAUGCUAAAACAAUGUUUGUAUAUUCCAUAAAAAAUGUAUUCCAACGGGAAACCAAAUAAUCACAAAUAUAAUGCCACGGAGGGUAGAUUUUAUUUCCUCAAAUUGUAAAUCUCCCCAAUACUCAAAAAUUAAUUAGAUUUGCCGCGCCUUCUGAGAGAUGACAGCUGACAUUGAUGCGACAUUAGCUUCUAGAUCUUCCAAACACUGAGUAGGUAAUGUGUGUAUGUGACGUGUAGUUUGUUGUAGUUUCGUAGCGACUCGUAUGUUACACGGAGUUUGAAUCGGUUAUAUUGAAAUGAGCCGUUCUUUUGAAUCAAUGCAUCAUUAGAGUAAGAAUGCAUGUAUAUUUAAUGAAUUAUACAACUGACCCUAGCUUUAGAUUAUGAAUAUAUAUUUUUAAGAAUGAAAUAAUAUCAUUUUGUACUUGUCUAAUUACCAUAGGCUUAAGGUUAACAAAUUGUAACAAUAGGGACUAUGAAUGAGCUAUAAAAUUAUUAUUUUCUUUGGAUGUAUUUUUUUUCUAUACUCGUUUAUGUAGGAUUCGUGCAUUUAUAGAUAUUUUUAGCGUUAUACAAUUUUAUGCAGCAAAAUUCGUCAGCCAAUGAAUUACUUGAUUUAAUUUUUAAUUUAUUUCGUUGUAGAUGUACUUAAUUGUCCAAAAACAUGCCGUACCAUUUUAUUUCAUAGUUUUUAUGUCUCAUGUUUAGGACAGCUAUUUUAUUUAAUCACGUUUAUUGAACGCACAUAAUUUAUGUCUAAUGAGUUUUCCUUAUUCAAUAAAAUGUCUAGUUAAA